UUAGCCAUCGCAGCUUUGUCUCAGACGCCUCUGCUCUGAUGGAUUCUGGACCUGUGCGCUCUCUGACACUCUUAGUAGGAGUGUUCAUGGUUUCUGCCACAGCAUCAGCGCUCAACCUCGAAGGAGAACUUUUCAAAGACUUGAUGAAGGGCUACAACAAGAACGUUCGGCCCAUGGAGAACAGCGGCGACAUCACCCAGGUCUUCAUCAAGAUGACGCUCACCAACCUCAUCUCUUUGAACGAGAAGGAGGAGGCCUUGACAACCAGCGUCUGGAUAGAAAUGCAAUGGUGUGACUACAGGCUCAGAUGGGACCAGCCGCCCAGGUCAGCUCUGUAUGGAAACAUUACCUCUGAGUUACGUGUCCCGUCCAAAAGCAUCUGGCUGCCCGACGUCAUACUGGAGAACAAUGUCGAUGGACAAUUUGAGGUUGCACUUUACUGCAAUGCGCUUGUGUCUCCUAAUGGCUGUGUCUACUGGCUGCCUCCUGCCAUUUACCGCAGUGCCUGUGCCAUCACGGUGAACUACUUUCCAUUUGACUGGCAGAACUGCACCAUGGUUUUCCGCUCCCAGACUUACAGUGCCAAUGAGAUCGAGCUGGUUCUUAAAGAGGAAGACAACCACACAUUGGAGUGGGUGGAUAUCGACCCAGAGGCUUUUACCGAGAAUGGAGAGUGGGUCAUCAAACACAGGCCAGCCAAGAAGGUGAUCAACACUGAGUACACUAAAGAUGAGCUGGAGUACCAGGAGGUGGUCUUCUUCCUCAUCAUCCAGAGAAAACCUCUCUUCUACAUCAUCAACAUCAUCGCUCCCUGUGUGCUCUUCUCCUCCCUCGGCCUGCUGGUCUACUACUUACCUGCCAAAGCCGGCGGUCAGAAGUGCACCAUGUCUAUCGCCACUCUUCUGGGCCAGACUGUGUUCAUCUUCCUUAUUGCAAAGAAGGUUCCAGAGACUUCAAAGGCAGUGCCUCUUAUUGGAAAGUAUCUGAUGUUUGUGAUGUCAGUGACCACCAUGGUGGUGAUGAACUGUGUGAUCGUCCUCAACGUCUCCCUGAGAACUCCAAACACUCACAUAAUGACUGACAAAGUCCGAAAGAUCCUCCUGAACAUCCUGCCUCGGCUGCUGAGGAUGCAGAUGCAACCCUGGACGCCAAACAGUGACAGUACCUCAGAAGCUGGAAACGGUGAAACUCCUCCCACAGGCAGGAACGAUGUGUUCCUGGUCCCCUGUCGACGUCGCAGCUCCAUAACACUCAUCAGCAAGGCAGAGGAAUACUCAAUGAAAACAGCUCGGUCGGAGCUCAUGUUUUCCAUACUCAGAGAGAGAAACGGAUUGAUGAAAACAGCGUUAGAGAAACUACAUAAUGGGCUGGAGGGUGGCACAGCUGAGCAGCUCAGUACCAGUCUAGUAAAGGCUUCUCCACAGCUGAGGCAGUGUGUGGCCUCCUGCAAACACAUAGCAGAGACUGCACGACAACAGAACGACUUCCAGAAUGAGAAUGAAGAGUGGUUCCUGGUUGCCCGGGUGAUCGACAGGGUUUGCUUCAUUGUCAUGACGCUGGUGUUUUUCAUCGGCACUAUUGGAAUCUUCCUGAUGGGCCAUUUCAACCAACCCCCCUCCUCACCUUUCCUCGGGGAUCCAAAGAAGUAUCUCCCUCCGUUAAGCAAUCUUACUGCGUAGCUGAGAACUUCCUGGGGUGAAACCGAACAGAAACUGUUGGAUUUCAUCGUCAUACGCCGGGUGGAAAUCUGACGGCGUCUGUCAGUGAGCCGUCACCAAUGACUGAGAAGACACAGCUGUAUGCAUUUUCUGCACUGAUGCCAGUUGUGGGUUUGUGGACUAUCACAGAGACAAAGUGCUUGCUCAUGGUGAUAAAGGAUCCGCUGUGCAGUUGUGUGGAUGCACACUAGCUGACUGUUGAGGUUGUAGUUUUGUCACAUGUAGUGCUGUACAAGAAGGAGUUUCCAGUGUUUGCUGUAAAUUGAUUGUUUAUUUCAUAUAAAAUUCGAGGUCAUCCUGACACUCUACAUGGGACAUGGUGUUGAUCAAGUAAUUUACACCCAGAUGUUCCAUAUCGAAGCUUAAAUCAAUAAAAAGUGUAAUCUUGUGACUUCUU